AUGACGACAGGUGGGUGUUGCCACCUGCCCGGCUCUCUGUGCGACUGUGCCGGCAGCGCAGGUUUGUGGAAAGUGGUUGAGGAAUCGGGUGGUGAUGGGUGCCAGGCGCUCUACGUCACACAGAUCACUGCCAUGAAUGGACGACUUCUGUCCUCUGUGCACAAACCCAUGAGCGUACAAAGUGAUGGUCCAAUCUGUCGUAUCUGCCACGAGGGAGGCAGCGGCGAGGGUCUCUUGUCCCCGUGUGACUGCACAGGCACACUGGGCACGGUGCACAAGAGCUGCCUGGAGAAGUGGCUGUCGUCUUCUAACACCAGCUUCUGUGAGCUCUGUCACACCGAGUUCAGCAUCGAGCGGCGACCGCAGACUCUUACAGAGUGGCUGCAGGACCCGGGCCCUCGUCAUGAGAAGAGGACGCUGUUCUGCGACAUGGUGUGCUUCCUCUUCAUCACUCCUCUGGCGGCCAUCUCUGGCUGGCUGUGCCUGCGAGGUGCUCAGGACCACCUUCACCUGGGGAGCUGGCUGCAGGCCUUCGGCCUCAUCGCCCUCACCAUCGCUCUGUUCACCAUCUACGUCCUCUGGACUCUGGUGUCUUUCCGCUACCACUGUCAGCUCUACUCCGAAUGGAGGAGGAUGAAUCAGAAAGUGUGUCUGCUCCUUCCUGAAGUGAAGGAGUCCAACUCUUCCCAGCAUUCCUUGCUCUCUAACAAACUGAAGAUGGCACCCAGUGAAAGCAUUGUAUGA